ACCGCAUUUACAAUGAGCACUCGGAUUCCGAGGAUGAGCGGCGCGGACUCCAAGUCAUGCCAGCCCGCCAUCGGGACCACUCCCGCUCCCGUUCGCGAUCCGGGUCUGGGUACAUGACCCGAGAGGAGUUUGAAAUGGAGCAGACACGACGAGAGCUGGAAGAGAUGCGGCUUCACCAAGCUCGUGAUAAGGAGGAGCGACGAGCUCAGAAAGAAUUCCGCGAGGAGGCUGAGCUGCAGCGUGCCAAGCGCGAACUUGACGCCAUUCGUGCGCGGGAACAGCAGGCCAAGGAAGAAGCACGCAUAAAAAAAGAAUUCGAGCUGCAACGUUUGCGUGAGGAAGAGCGGGAAGCCGAGGAAAAGGAGAAGCUCGAAAAACAGGCCAAGGAGGCUGUUGCAAAGUACAAGCAGAAGGAGCUGGAACGAAUCGCGCAAGAGCAGAAGGAGAAGGACGCGCGCGAAAAGGAAUACAAGCGACGUCUCCAAGAGGACCUCAUCAAUUCAGGUGUCGACGAGAAGCAUAUUGCUGCCAUCCUAAAGAAGGAGAAGGUUCCAGAGAAGGUCAAAGCGCCAGCAGCACUCCCUCAGGUACCCUUUGUGCCGGUCGGCAAUGCGGUAGCACGCCCAACCUACACACGCAUGGCCCGUAGGCACCUGUCCAUCGAAACAUUACGGACUUACCGUAUCGAGUAUGAAGUGGAUCAGGAUCCCGAUUACGUCCUCAUCAGACGUUGGGUACCAGAAUGGGAACAGGACACCCUUUGGAAGCAUACCAGAGAUGUCCGCGAGAAGAGGUCAGGUCGGCUCUUGUUGGAUGUCGGAGAUGGGGACAAGAGGCGAGAUCGCGAUGACCCAAAGUUUGAGUGGGUGAGGAAGAAGGGGGGAGACCGUAAGCGUAGCAAGUCGCCUGCGCUCCUGAUGUACCUGGCCGGUGCUCGACCGGCCUGAAAUGAAGCAGCCAAGAUGAUGCUGCUUGCGCUGUACGUCAAUGGAAGAGUGCAACCAGACAAACUCGUGUUAUUUCAAGACCAUGCUGCCUCCGAUAUUGAAGUACAAACCUGGGAGAAGACCUGAGAGGAGAGCAACGAUACAAGUACAAUCUAUACCUCGACCCGCUCCAUUUUUGGGUUCCACACGCGCUCUGCCCUCCGCAUCA